GAGUCUGCAAGACAAAGAUCUGCCUUUGCUAUUGAAUGGCACCAGGGACAAGUGACCUGGGUGCCUGUCCCACCAUAGCCAGGAAGCAUGGCUUGUGCAAGCACUUGGUGCUUGCCUUCUUUGUCCCUGUGGGGGGGUUUCUGCUGGCAUUGCUGGAACCAUGGCACAGACCAGCAGUGCUAGGCAAAAUGGCUGUGUCCUGCUUUGUAUUAUAUUACUGUAUGCACAUAAUUUAUGCGCUGGGAAAGGUCUGUGCAUGUCAGUGUGGAGCUGGGUUCUCUCCGAGCAUCUUUGCAAUUAGCCUUGGCGCAGUCUGUCAUGCCAUUGGAGAUGAACAUGACUUCCAGCUACAGAAAAUGUAUCUUUUUGGACUAAUAGCAGAAAAACAGCAUUACUUAUUCAAAAAAAAAUAAUAAUAAUCAUCGUAGCUUGAUGCCCAGCAGAGGAGCCGCCGCCGGCCCCGGGAUCAGUGUUUGUGUUGAUCAGAAUGGAAGAAGAAGGAGUAAUGGAAGCAAUUGAAGAUUUUUUCUCAGAAGAACACGUCAGCACACCUAAGAAAAAGAAAUCAAAGAAAUCAAAGGAAGGCAAAACAUCCAAGACCAAGAGGAAAAAGAAGGAGGGAAGUGAGGAGGAUCUCUCAGAGAAUGACGACGGGGUGAUGGAAAGGACAGAGAGUGAAGGAAGCGACUAUGCUCCAAAUAAAAAGAAGAAGAAAAAGUUAAAGGAAAAGAAAGAGAAAAAAGCUAAACGAAAAAAGAAAGAUGAUGAAGAUGAGGAUAACGAGGAAGGAUGUAUGAAGGAGCCGAAAACAUCAGCUCAGCUAAUGGAGGAGUGGGGCCUGGACAAUGUGGAUUAUUCAUUUUCUGAAGAAGAUUAUCACACUCUGACUAAUUACAAAGCAUUCAGUCAGUUUCUCAGGCCGUUAAUUGCCAAGAAGAAUCCUAAAAUCCCAAUGUCCAAGAUGAUGACUGUGCUUGGUGCCAAAUGGAGAGAAUUUAGUGCCAAUAACCCAUUAAAGGGAAGCUCGGCAGCCGCGGCUGCAGCAGCAGUUGCAGCUGCGGUCGAAACGGUGGCAGUUACAGCCCCUCUGUUGGUCGUCCCCCCGCAGCCCGUUCAACCUGCACCCGUCAGGAAGGCAAAAACCAAGGAAGGAAAAGGUCCAGGUGUAAGAAAAAAAGCCAAAACAUCCAAAGAUUCCAAGAAAAAAGGAAAAGGGAAGAAAACGGCAAAUCUAAAAUUUAGAUUUGGAGGAAUGGCGAGUAAAAGGAAAAAGGGAUCUUCUAGUGAAGAAGAAGAGCGAGAUGAAUCAGACUUUGAUUGUGCCAGCAUCAAUAGUUCCUCCGUUCGAUCGGAUAUCUCUGCAGGUCUGGGGAAGAGAGGAAAAAGAGGAAGAAAGAAAAAGAGAGUUGACGAAGGUGACGGGUAUGAAACAGACCAUCAGGAUUAUUGUGAGGUUUGUCAGCAGGGAGGGGAGAUUAUUCUGUGCGACACCUGUCCCCGUGCCUAUCACCUUGUAUGUCUGGAUCCAGAACUGGAAAAGGCCCCGGAGGGCAAAUGGAGCUGUCCACACUGUGAAAAGGAAGGUAUCCAAUGGGAACCAAAGGAGGAAGAAGAGGAAGAAGAAGAAGGAGGUGAAGAAGAGGAGGAGGAUGAUGACCACAUGGAAUUUUGUCGUGUUUGUAAAGAUGGCGGGGAACUUCUGUGCUGUGACACUUGUCCUUCUUCUUACCAUUUGCACUGUCUUAAUCCACCUUUGCCUGAAAUACCAAAUGGGGAAUGGUUAUGCCCGCGCUGUACGUGUCCGCCUUUAAAAGGCAAAGUUCAAAAAAUUCUACAUUGGGUGUGGAGAGAACCCCCGACUUCAGGGCCUCCAGAGAAGGACGCCAUUAUGCCACCUCCGAAGCCAAUCGAGGGUAUCCCCGAGCGGGAAUUCUUUGUGAAAUGGGCCGGGCUUUCUUACUGGCACUGUUCGUGGGUUAAAGAGUUACAGCUGGAGCUCUACCACACAGUGAUGUUUAGAAAUUACCAAAGAAAGAACGAUAUGGAUGACCCGCCGCCGUUUGAUUACGGCUCAGGGGACGAAGAGCGUCAGUCUGAGAAACGUAAAAACAAAGAUCCGCAGUACGCAAAGAUGGAAGAAAAAUAUUAUCGUUACGGCAUAAAACCAGAGUGGAUGAUGAUACAUCGGAUAAUGAACCACAGUUAUGAUAAGAAGGGAGACGUCCAUUAUCUGAUUAAAUGGAAAGACCUACCGUAUGAUCAGUGUACGUGGGAAAUCGAUGACAUCGACGUUCCAUAUUAUGAGAAUUUUAAACAGGCAUAUUGGGACCACAGACAUUUAAUGCUGGGCGAAGACGCAAGAGUUCCAAACAGAUUUAGGAGAAACAAACAACAUAAGGAAGAGCAACUGGAAAAACCUCCUUUAACACCAAUUGUUGAUCCUACCGUCAAAUUUGACAAACAGCCUUGGUACAUUGACUCGACUGGAGGGACUUUACAUCCGUACCAGCUGGAAGGAUUAAACUGGUUGAGGUUUUCUUGGGCACAGGGAACAGACACCAUUCUCGCAGAUGAAAUGGGUCUGGGGAAGACAGUCCAAACUAUUGUGUUCCUUUAUUCGCUGUAUAAGGAGGGUCAUUCUAAAGGUCCGUAUCUGGUCAGCGCGCCACUGUCUACCAUUAUUAACUGGGAACGUGAAUUUGAGAUGUGGGCACCAGAGUUUUAUGUCGUGACGUACACCGGAGAUAAGGAAAGCCGCUCUGUUAUUCGAGAAAACGAGUUUUCUUUUGAAGACAAUGUCAUGAAAUGUGGAAAGAAGGUGUUCAAAAUGAAAAAAGAAGCCCAAAUAAAAUUCCAUGUGCUGCUGACAUCAUAUGAGCUGAUCACUAUAGACCAUGCUAUACUCGGGUCCAUUGAGUGGGCAUGCCUCGUGGUGGAUGAAGCUCACCGGCUGAAGAACAACCAAUCAAAAUUCUUUAGGGUAUUGAAUAGCUACAAGAUUGACUAUAAGCUGCUGCUAACCGGAACGCCUUUGCAGAAUAAUUUAGAAGAGCUUUUUCACCUCCUCAAUUUCCUGACACCCGAUAGAUUCAACAAUCUGGAUGGUUUCUUAGAAGAAUUUGCUGACAUCUCCAAGGAAGACCAAAUUAAAAAACUUCAUGACUUACUAGGUCCACACAUGCUUCGAAGGCUGAAAGCAGACGUGUUUAAGAACAUGCCAGCCAAAACAGAAUUAAUUGUACGCGUGGAACUUAGCCAAAUGCAGAAGAAGUAUUAUAAGUUUAUACUAACCAGGAAUUUUGAAGCUUUGAACUCCAAAGGUGGAGGAAAUCAGGUGUCAUUGCUCAAUAUCAUGAUGGACUUGAAGAAAUGCUGCAAUCACCCUUACCUUUUCCCUGUGGCUGCUGUGGAAGCUCCCGUCUUACCAAAUGGAUCAUAUGAUGGAAGUUCUUUAGUUAAAUCUUCUGGAAAAUUGAUGCUGCUACAGAAAAUGCUCAAGAAACUGAAGGACGGAGGGCACCGUGUUCUUAUAUUCUCUCAGAUGACAAAAAUGCUGGACUUACUUGAGGACUUUCUUGAAUACGAGGGGUAUAAGUACGAGCGGAUAGAUGGCGGGAUCACAGGAGGACUGCGGCAGGAAGCAAUUGACAGGUUUAAUGCUCCUGGCGCCCAGCAGUUCUGCUUUCUUCUGUCCACAAGAGCCGGAGGUUUAGGAAUAAACUUGGCUACAGCCGAUACAGUUAUCAUUUAUGAUUCAGACUGGAACCCACACAAUGACAUACAGGCUUUCAGCAGAGCUCACAGAAUUGGCCAGAAUAAAAAAGUUAUGAUCUACCGGUUUGUCACAAGAGCGUCUGUAGAAGAGAGAAUCACGCAGGUGGCAAAGAGGAAAAUGAUGCUAACCCACUUGGUUGUCCGUCCAGGACUUGGGUCUAAAUCUGGAUCUAUGACUAAGCAAGAACUGGACGAUAUUUUAAAAUUUGGGACGGAGGAGCUGUUCAAAGAUGAUGUUGAAGGUGACAAUAAAGACGUUGAAGACAGCAGUGUCAUCCAUUAUGAUGACGCUGCCAUUUCCAAACUUUUGGACCGAAACCAAGAUGCCACCGAGGACACAGAAAUCCAGAACAUGAAUGAAUAUCUCAGUUCUUUCAAGGUGGCCCAGUACGUUGUGAGGGAAGAAGACGGCGUGGAGGAGGUGGAACGAGAAAUAAUUAAGCAGGAAGAGAACGUGGAUCCAGAUUAUUGGGAGAAGUUGCUACGGCAUCAUUAUGAGCAACAGCAAGAGGAUCUUGCAAGGAACUUAGGAAAAGGGAAAAGGAUCCGGAAGCAGGUCAACUACAACGAUGCGUCUCAGGAGGACCAAGAAUGGCAAGAUGAGCUUUCUGACAACCAGUCAGAAUACUCAAUAGGUUCAGAAGACGAAGAUGAGGACUUUGAGGAGAAGCCUGAAGGCGGAAGAAGGCAAUCCAGAAGACAGCUGAAAAGUGACCGAGAUAAACCGUUGCCUCCUCUACUGGCGAGAGUCGGAGGAAACAUUGAGGUUCUUGGAUUUAAUGCUCGUCAGCGAAAGGCCUUCUUAAAUGCCAUCAUGAGAUGGGGGAUGCCACCGCAAGAUGCCUUUAAUUCUCACUGGCUGGUGCGAGACCUCAGAGGCAAGAGUGAGAAGGAAUUUAGGGCGUACGUCUCCCUGUUCAUGAGACAUCUAUGUGAACCAGGAGCUGAUGGCGCCGAGGCCUUUGCCGAUGGCGUUCCAAGAGAAGGCCUUUCCCGCCAACACGUUCUUACAAGAAUUGGAGUUAUGUCAUUGGUUCGAAAGAAGGUUCAAGAGUUUGAACAAGUCAACGGGAAAUACAGCACCCCCGAUCUGAUCCCUGAGGGCGUAGAACACAAAAAAACUUUUGAUGUUCUUUCAUCUGAUCCAACCACUCCUGCUCCAGCCAGCCCCGCGUCAAUGCAGCCGAAUGCUGCGCCCCUGACAGAAAAGAAUGAAAUACAAUCAGCUUUAACAGAAGAAAAUGAGAUUAUCGAACAAAAGGUCAAGUCUCACUCACUCGCAGAGACCCAGACUGUAACAAAAUCUGAGAAGACAGACAAUGAAGAAAAAAACGAAUUUGUAGACAUGAAAGACAAGAGAAAAAAGGACACAGAAGAAGAUGAGGAGGGUGAAAAGGAAACAGCGAACGAGAAUUCCAAAGCUGAGCUCCUUCAAGACCAGGAAAAACCUUUAGAAAAGGCAGAAAGGAAUACUACUCAAAACAAAGGGGACGAAAAGGAACCCAAGCCAGAGGAAGAAAACAAAUCGGAUGAAAAGGACGAGAACGAGACGCAGCAGAAUGGAGAAAAUGAAAUAAAGCAGGAAGAAGACGAUGUGAAAAAAGAGGAUAAGAACGGAAAACAUAAAUUCAUGUUUAAUAUUGCAGAUGGAGGAUUUACAGAGCUUCACACGUUAUGGCAAAAUGAAGAAAGAGCUGCCACCACGUCCGGCAAGAUUUAUGAUAUUUGGCACAGAAGGCACGAUUACUGGCUACUCGCUGGGAUUGUCACCCAUGGUUAUGCCCGCUGGCAGGACAUUCAGAACGACUCUCGGUAUUUAAUCUUAAAUGAACCUUUUAAGUCGGAGAUCCACAAAGGCAACUAUUUGGAAAUGAAGAACAAGUUUCUUGCGCGGAGAUUUAAGUUGCUAGAACAAGCGCUUGUGAUUGAGGAACAGCUCCGAAGGGCAGCCUACCUGAACAUGACCCAAGAUCCAACCCAUCCAGCUAUGGCCCUCAACGCUCGACUGGCUGAAGUAGAAUGCCUUGCCGAGAGCCACCAGCAUCUCUCCAAAGAAUCAUUAGCCGGGAACAAGCCUGCCAAUGCAGUCCUGCAUAAAGUUUUGAAUCAGUUAGAGGAGCUGUUGAGUGACAUGAAAGCGGAUGUGACGCGUUUACCCUCAAUGCUCUCUCGAAUACCACCGGUCGCUGCCCGUCUUCAGAUGUCAGAACGGAGCAUCCUUAGCAGGCUGACCAACCGAGGAGGCGACUCUGCAGUCCAGGGAUCAUUUGGAUCCUCUCAAGUGUACAACAAUAAUUUUGGCCCAAAUUUCAGAGGACCUGGUCCAGGCAAUAUAGUCAACUACAGCCAGAUGCCUCUGGGGCCGUACGUGACCGCGCCAAACGGGACACACACAAGUUACCCGGACAAAAAAAACGUAGAUUCCUUGAAGGAUUGUAUGCCAUUGGAGCGUAAAGGGAGACUUAAUGACAUCAUCUUUAUUGAAGAUUAAAUCACAGCCACAAGCGUGAUGAACGCAGAGACAGCCAUAUUCAUACUACGUCCCGCUAAGCGUCACACGGACUGUUCAUUAUAUGUUUUUAUUUUUUGCACUUUUUCUCAAUUGAAGACUUGAAGAGUUUGUCUCGCUGAAAGCGGAAUUACUUACGAAGGAUGGCAGUUUUGUCAUCUCCUUUUAUUGGCCUUUAAAACGAAUCCUGUUUGUUGUCUAAGAGUUUGAGUGCCGGGUAGGGAGUCUGUUUACCCUUUGUGUGCCAAAGGAGUGGGAUGCGCAUUGCUAAUGUUUUCCACCGGCCUGGUGGUCAGAGGGGUCGAAUCUUUGUAUCUUUUUGUUUUUUCGGCGGUCGCAUGCAUUUACUACGCUCUCCAGAUAAGGUUUGGCACUUAUAAAGUUGUUAAUAUUUUUUUCCUCGAUGACUGGAAGUGGGAAUUUCCAAAAUAAAGACUCGCGUUUUGCCGCUGCAGACCUAUUGACUUUACGCUUCUGUCAAGCCUUUGUGCACUAGAACGCUAUUUACAAAGGAUAAGUACGUAACCGUUGGUUAAUUGGAGAAUUAAAGUAUUUGAUCUAUACCGAA